AUGGCAGGUCCUGUGAAGUCAAGAGAGGUUUGUGCCAAUUGUGCUCGAAGGAAGGUCAAAUGUGAUCGGUUGGUUCCCUGCGGGAAUUGUGUGCGGCGAGGUUUGGAAGUUAGUUGUAAUCCCAAUGGUUCAGGAUCAGGAUCAGGAUCAGGAUUAGGUCCAGGGUUCGAUGAAUCUGUCUCCAAUGUCUCCAGCAAGAGUUCUCUUGCUCUAUGGCAAGCUUACGAACGUUAUGUGGUAGAUAUCGGGCUCUUCAAAGUCUCGAAUCAAGAUGUCAAGGACGCUUAUGAAGAUGUCAGCAGUGAUAUCCACGAAACUGAAUACCUGAUGGCAUGUUUGAACGAAGAGGACUCUUAUUCCCUAUUAAACUACGCUGUAGAGAACUUGGGUCCUCUUUUCUUUGGUUGUCUGGCAGAUGUAAGCGAGUUGUACCCAAUGCUAGAUAGAUAUUGGCAAAGGAGAAACUUGCAUAGACAAAAAAAUGGUUCAGUGAUAUUCUCUGUAGAUGAAAAUUACGAAACAACUCUACUGUGGUCUAUAUUUGCAUUAUCAGUAUAUUAUAUCGAUUGUCAGCAACUGGAUGCACUGUUUGAAUCCGAUGUCUUGAGUCGAGUUUUGGAUAUAUCAUCAUCACCUUCUUCCCGCGCAAAAACUAUAACAGAACAAGUUCAAUCGCAACUAUUUGAUUUCAUCAUUAAAUUGAUCACUGUGUUGCUGUAUAAGACAAACUUCAUGACAUACCCAGAUAUCAGACUGGUCCAGAUACACAUCAUUUUAAGCGCAACUUCGUUCCUCACUUCACACAGAUCCCUGUCAGAUAGUAUUUUAUUACAGAGCUUCAGUGUAGCCAAAAUGUACCAACUUGGAAAUCUACAACGCAGUGUCAACGACUCGACCAUCGAACAAUUGAUUAAAAUCACUACAGAAAAGAUGUGGUAUCGUUUAUGUAUAUCGGAUUACCUAAGUUCAGGUCCUAGUAACAGAAUAACGUUCCAUCAUCAGAUAUCUUCACUUUUACAGCAACAACUGCCAAAUGAGGAUUCAUCGAAUCUGGAUGUAUGCCAGAGCGAAGAUACUUUCGAUUCAUUGUUUUGGAAAAUAUUAUCUCUGGAUAGAGACAUAGACCAGUAUCUCAUCAGAGAUUCAAAACCUCCAAUGAAAACAUUGGAUGCAAUUUCCAAGUUCGAAGAAAAUUUACACGAAAGAGUAAGCUCUAUUGGUGAACUAGAAUCUAAAAAUUCGCAGUUCGAGAAAUUUAUUUUAAUUUACUUGUUGAAUAGCAUUUCAUGGAAAUUAAACAAGUCAUAUUUUAUUUAUUAUGACACUAGUGGAAGUUUGGAAAAAAGUAUGCAUCACGUUAAAGUCAUGAUUGAAUUGUUGGUGAAAAAUUUCAACCAUUCUCCAUUAUUUAACAAACAUCCCAUCGUCAUCAACUGUUUUUCAAAAAUAAGUUUAUUCUAUUCAUUCUACUAUACGUUCAAUGACUCUACGACACUGAAGGAUUUAUGUCUCGACAUCAAUGAAGUAAUAAUGAACCUAUCUGAUCUCUUCAAACCGGCAUUAUCAAAAUUAAUCAUUCUAAUUACCAGAUUUAAAAAACUUAAGUUGAUUUGGGAUCAAGUCAAAGUGCUGGAUUCAGAUAAUGCCUUAAAUCACCCUGUUAUAACUAUCUUGAAAGAUGAUAUCAAUUUUAUAAAGAAAAGCAUCAAUCACCUACCUCCAAUAAUAUCAGGGACUUCGAGUUCUAUGCUAUACAAAAGAACCCUAGACGACGAAGAUAUAGAUGCUUUCAAAGGAAACAAGAGUGAAGCAUUUAAACUAAUCAUCUCUGAAUUCGAGUCUGAGUUCAACAUCCAAGAAAUUAUAUAUUAA